AUGAGUGUUGAUACUAUUAAACAAGUACAAGAUAUUAAAAUGACUAAUCCAUAUAAAGUUUUACAACCAUUCAAAAUUGCCAUCAUUGGUUCCGGUAAUUGGGGAACUGCAGUUGCAAAAAUAAUCUCCGAAAAUACCAGAGAAAAGACUGAAUUAUUCGAACCAAAAGUCAAUAUGUGGGUAUUUGAAGAAGACAUUGAUGGUGAAAAAUUAACUAACAUCAUAAAUACUAAACACGAAAAUGUUAAAUAUUUACCAGGAAUCAAAUUACCUGAAAAUUUAAUUGCCAACCCAGAUUUAGUCUCAACUGUUGAAGAUGCUGAUUUGUUGGUUUUCAAUAUUCCACAUCAAUUUUUACCAAGAGUUUGUAAACAAUUGGUUGGUAAAGUUAAACCUAACGUCAGAGCCAUUUCAUGUUUGAAAGGUUUAGAAGUUGAUUCUAAUGGAUGUAAAUUAUUAUCCACUUCUAUUACUGAUACUUUAGGUAUAUAUUGUGGUGUUUUAUCAGGAGCUAACAUUGCUAAUGAAGUUGCUAAAGAAAAUUGGUCAGAAACUUCAAUUGCUUAUAACAUCCCUGAAGAUUUCAGAGGUCAAGGUAAAGAUAUCGAUGAAUAUAUCUUAAAACAAUUAUUCCACAGAUCAUACUUCCAUGUCAGAGUUAUAAAUGAUGUUAUUGGUGCUUCCAUUGCUGGUGCACUUAAAAAUGUUGUUGCUAUUGCUGCUGGAUGGGUUGAACACCUUUGGGGUGAUAAUGCCAAAGCUGCCAUCAUGAGAAUCGGUAUCAAGGAAACCAUAAAAUUUGCAUCAUACUACGAAAAAUUCGGUAUCAAAUCUAACUUACCUCCUCAAUCAGCUACUUUUACCGAAGAAUCUUGUGGUGUUGCUGAUUUAAUCACCACUUGUUCAGGUGGUAGAAAUGUCAAGGUCGCCAAAUAUAUGGUCGAAAAAAAUGUUGAUGCCUGGGAAGCUGAAAAAGCCUUAUUAAAUGGUCAAUCAUCUCAAGGUAUCUUGACCGCUAAAGAAGUUCACGAAUUAUUGGAAAAUUAUCAAUUACAAUCAGAAUUCCCAUUAUUCGAAGCUACUUAUAACGUCAUUUAUGAAAAGGCUGAUGUCCGUGAAUUUCCUCAUUUCUUAGAAUAA